AUGGGAGACACAGAGUCUUGCAACAGCGGAAUUUUGAAUUCUGGGUGGAAUCAUCGAUGUCCAAAACAGAGACAGAAGGUUGGAGUUUACACCGAGGUUUUGUGCAGACUUAAGGAAUUGAAUGUCCCAGAGGCUGUGGUUCCUGGUUUUGAGGACGACCUUUGGGCGCACUUCUAUCGCCUUCCCGCAAGGCACAACAAAUUCUUCCUUCUUCUUACUUUUUACGAUUUCGUUCUUCAUUUAUAUGCUUUGGACAUGAACAUGGAGAGAGCGGAAGAAGUUCUAAUGCACAAGAGGUUACUGGACAUCGCACGAGCCCCAACUACAGCAACCGGACCUGCAGUUGAAGUCCGUCUUGUGCAGAUUACUUUGACUUCCAAUGUUUCCUUACGCCUUCACUACGCUAUAUGUAUACGUAGGACGCACUACUUGCUAUUGGAAUUAGGCAACAUUGUUGGCCAAGGAACCAACGUCACGCUUCCUUUUCUACAAACAGUUAGUUCUGCUUCUUCUUCUGCUGCUUCUUCUGCUUCUGCUGGUGGUUCUAGUAAAUCCCUUCUUUCAAACUCACAAAGUAAAGUUUGUCCUGAAGAUUCUGGUAUCCCAGGCAACACAAGGCAUGAUUAUCUUCCAUCCUCCACCGGCCUUCGGCCUAUGCAUGAAAUCACAAUUUCAACAAAUGACAAGCCAAAACUUCUGAGUCAGUUAACUUCCUUACUUUCUGAGACUGGGUUGGACAUUCUAGAAGCACAUGCUUUUUCGACAAUAGAUGGCUAUUCAUUGGAUGUUUUUGUUGUUGGUGGUUGGCCAGUUGAGGGGACGGAGAAGUUAAAACAUGAACUAGCAAAGAAAAUUCAGAAACUCCAGCAACAUCAACUGAAAGAAAAUGGGAGUCUUACUACUAGUACUACUGCAAAGCAAGUGCAAACUGGGAUGAACUUUAUCAGGAGAAUUGAUGCUGGGUGUCUGAGUUACGAAAAGAAAAUUGCAUCUGGACCUUUCAGUGAUUUGUAUAAAGGUACGUUCUGCAAUCAAGAUGUAGCUAUCAAGGUUCUUAAGCACGAGAAUUUGAAUGAAAAUAUACUAAGGGAGUUUGCUCAGGAAGUGUAUAUCCUAAGUAAAAUUGAGCACAAAAAUGUUGUCAAAUUUGUUGGCGCUUGUACAAAACCCCCAAACCUUUACCUUGUCACAGAAUACAUGCCCGGUGGAAGUAUGUUCGACUUUUUGCAUAAACAGAAGACCACCCUUGCUCUUCCAUCUUUACUCAAAGUGGCCAUUGAUGUUUGCGAAGGAAUGAAAUAUUUGCAUCAGAAUAAUAUCAUACAUCGGGACCUUAAAGCGGCUAAUCUUUUGAUAGAUGAGAAUGGGGUGGUUAAGGUUGCCGAUUUUGGUGUAGCUAGAAUGCACAAUCAGUCUGGUAUCAUGACUGCAGAAACAGGAACUUAUCGGUGGAUGGCUCCAGAGGUCAUUGAACAUAAACCAUAUGAUCACAAAGCCGAUGUCUUUAGCUUUGCCGUUGUUCUUUGGGAGCUGCUCACAGGAAAGUUCCCCUUGACAGUCACUGCAUCCUCAACAGUAGCUGGAUUAUUUCCUGAAACUGAAGCAGCAAUAAUCAGAAGUUUCUACAAUGAGUCAUGUAGGCUUCCUUACGAGAAUUUGUCCCCAUUGCAAGCAGCAGUAGGAGUGAUCCAAAAGGGUUUAAGGCCUAAGAUUCCAAGUCAUGCUCAUCCAAAGUUAGUGGAAUUGCUUCACUGGUGCUGGCACCACGAUUCAUCUUUGAGACCCAAUUUCUCAGAAAUUCUGGAAUUUCUGCUCCGUGUGACCAAGACGGGUCUAAUCUGUGGCAUAAGAGAGAAUCUAAUGAACCAAAGAGAGGAAGUUGUGCUUGAUUUCCAAGGUAACUAUGGCCGCAGCAACAGCAAAGAAGAAAAUUUAGCAUCAAAAGCUAUUGUCAACAGGCCAAGUGACAAGCUUCAGGACUCGCAGGAAAAUCCCAAAGGUAGUGAAUCAACAAAAAAGAGGAAGCAAGAUCAGCAUGAAAACCACCACCUCCAAACUUCAUAUUCAGAAGAAAACGUUGUGCGGUCCACUUCAAACAUUUCAACUCCGCGAUACUCGUGGAAAUCAUCAAUAAGAAGAACAAAGUCUCGGUUGAUAGACCCUCCAGAGGAAUCAUACACAAAUUCAGAGUCGGGUGAACAAAAAUUACCAGAAAAUUAUGAGAGUGUUGAGGACAUGCCAGAAAUUUACAAGAAAACGAGGCUCAGUGCUUUCUCAAUACUUCAGUGGCUAUGUCUCGCUUCAAUAAUCGUAGCCUUGCUUUCUAACCUUUGGAUUUCAUGCUUACAAAAACUCAAGCUCUGUGGUCUUCCCCUGUGGGAAUGGGAGACAAUGAUUUUAGUUCUAAUUUGUGGGCGUUUGCUCGCAGGUUGGAUAAUCAAACUAAUCGUGUUCUUCGUGGAACGCAAUUUUAUACUAAGAAAACGGGUGCUUUAUUUUGUGUACGGUUUGAGAAACUCCGUGAAAAACUGCGUCUGGUUGGGCCUUGUUCUGCUCGUGUGGCAUUUUAUUUUGGUCAAGGCGGUGGAGAAAAAAGUCAACGACCGGAUUUUGUCGUAUGUGACAAAGGUUGUGGUGUGUCUGUUCGUCGGCACUGUCAUGUGGCUUCUUAAAACGAUCCUCGUCAAGGUCUUCGCCUUGCACUUCCACGUGAAAACGUUCUUCGAACGGGUUCGGGAGGCUCUGUUCAGCCAAUACGUGAUCGAAACGCUGUCGUGUGAUCGGUUGAGGGAAGAGGAUGGAGGUGAAGAUAGAUCCGUUGGGAGGGUGUUGUGUAGUAACAAGAAGCAAGAUGAGGAAAUGUCGAUUGAACAAUUGCAUAGGUUGAAUAAGAGAAAUAUAUCUGCGUGGAAUAUGAAGAGAAUGAUUAACAUCGUCAUGCAUGGGGCGUUCACUACGUUGGACGAACGUAUAUCGUGUUCGGAUAUCGAGGAUGAGCCUUUGCUUCAACUUAGAAGCGAAUGCCAAGCAAAGAUCGCGGCUCAGAAAAUUUUUCAAAACGUGGUGCAGCCAGGAUCCCAAUGUAUUUUCUUGCAAGACGUGAUGCAGUUUAUGCCAAGAGAUGAGGCUUUGAAGUCAAUGGAUCUGUUGGGAGCAGCAUGUAUAGACCAGGGGAUUAGCAUGUCUUCUCUUAGAGAGUGGAUGGUGCAUGCAUUCAGGGAGAGAAGGACACUAGCACUAUCACUCAAAGACACAAAAACUGCUGUGGAUGAUCUCCAUAAUCUGUUGAACAUUAUUGUUGGUUUUGUCAUUUUGAUAGUCUGGCUUGUCAUACUUGGAACUCCAAUCUUACACUUCCUUGUCUUCAUGGGAUCCCAGCUUCUGUUGGCAGUGUUUGUGUUUGGGAAUUCUUGUAGAACUGUUUUUGAAGCAAUCAUCUUCUUAUUUGUAAUGCACCCAUUUGAUGUUGGCGAUCUAUGUGAAGUAGAUGGAGUCCAGAUGGUGGUUGAAGAGAUGAAUAUACUCACAACAGUGUUUCUGAAGUACGAUAACCAAAAGGUUACAUACCCAAACAGUGUUCUAGCUACCAAGCUGAUAGGGAAUUAUCAACGUAGUCCACACAUGGGAGAUGCAGUGGAUUUCUGUAUUCAUAUCUCCACUCCAUUGGAUAAAGUUGCAACUAUGAAAAGAAGAAUUAUAGAGUAUAUUGAAAGGAAGAAUGAGCACUGGCAUGUGGCACCAAUGGUGGUGAUGAAGGAUGUGGAAGAGUUGAACAAAGUGAACAUGUCAGUGUGGCUAACGCAUAAAAUGAAUUUUCAGGACAUGAAAGAAAGAUGGAACAGGAAGGCACAGUUGAUUGAAGAGAUGAUGAAAGUGUGGAAGGAGCUUGAUGUUGAAUACAGGCUUCUCCCUAUUCAUGUCAAUGUUAGAAAUCAACCUCCUCUGCUUUCCAACAAGCUUCCAUCCAAUUGGGAAACUUGUGCCACCUCUGUGUCUUAG